CUGGGCUUGGUGGCAGGCACGGCUGACAGCUAGACCGGUCAGACGACGCAGACGCCCGCUCACAGUCGAGUCUUGCUAGCUAUCGCUCUAGCUUGGCAGGCUCGAGGUCGCGAGCAUGGCCAGCUUGGUCGCCAUACUCGAUCUCAAAGGCAAAAGCUUGAUCCAGAGGAGCUAUCGGGACGAUGUCCCCCAGACGGCAGUGGAGAAAUUCAUGCCGCUCAUCCUCGAAGCCGAGGAAGAGGGACAUGUUGCAACGCCUUGCUUCACCAAUAACGGCAUCAACUACCAGUACAUAAGGCACAACAACCUCUACCUGCUCGCGUUAUCCAAGAAAAACUCCAACGCUGCCGAGCUGCUCACCUUUCUACACAAGCUGGCAUCCGUCUUUGUCGAGUACUUUAAAGAGUUUGAGGAGGAAUCAUGUCGCGACAACUUUGUCACGAUCUAUGAGCUGCUAGACGAAAUGAUGGAUUUUGGCUAUCCGCAAACGACGGAGAGCAAGAUCCUACAGGAAUACAUCACGCAAGAGUCUCACAAGCUAGAAGUACAAGUGCGGCCGCCAAUGGCAGUCACCAACGCCGUCUCGUGGAGAUCAGAAGGCAUUCGCUACCGCAAGAACGAGGUCUUCCUCGAUGUCGUCGAAUCGGUCAAUAUGCUCGUCAACUCGGCUGGCAAUGUAGUACGGUCAGAGAUCUUGGGCGCAGUCAAGAUGAAAUGUUACCUGUCUGGCAUGCCAGAGCUCAGGCUCGGCCUCAACGACAAAGUCAUGUUCGAGAGCACAGGCCGGACAUCGCGCGGUAAAGCAAUCGAGAUGGAGGACGUCAAGUUCCACCAAUGCGUACGAUUAUCCCGCUUCGAGAACGACCGCACCAUCUCGUUCAUCCCGCCCGACGGCGAGUUCGAGCUCAUGAGCUAUCGGCUCAAUACACAAGUCAAACCGCUCAUCUGGGCAGAAUCGCUCGUGGAACACCACCAGGGCAGCAGAAUAGAAUACAUGGUCAAGGUGAAAGCUCAAUUCAAGCGGAGAUCGACGGCCAACAAUGUCGAGAUCUACGUGCCGGUACCGGAAGACGCAGAUUCGCCUAAAUUCCGAGCAUCGGUUGGCACGGUGCAUUAUCUGCCAGAAAAGUCUUGCUUCGUCUGGAAAGUGAAACAAUUGGGUGGCGGGAAGGAGUACCUCAUGCGCGCACAUUUCGGCUUGCCGUCCGUCAAAGGAGAGGAGCUUGACAAUCGAGCGCCGAUUAGCGUCAAGUUUGAGAUACCCUACUUUACAGUAUCCGGUAUUCAAGUACGAUACCUCAAAAUCGUCGAAAAGUCUGGCUAUCAAGCACUACCAUGGGUCAGAUACAUCACACAGAUGGGAGACGACUACAGCUUACGAACGACAUCUUCGAAGAAGCCGACGCCCGUUGCGCCGGUAUGACGCAUGCUCAUGCCAUUGUAUCACAUUGUAUGCUUUACAACCAGGAGCCAUCGGC